AUGGCUCAAGACGACGAUUUGCUUCCUGAAAACGUCGAAGGAUACCACGUCACCGAAAAGAAAACAAUCGACGAGUACACCAAACUCGAUGCCGAGGAUGAGAGCUUGGCCAAGUGGAAGGCCUCGCUUGGUUUGACCGCAAACGGUACCCCAUACCCCAUCAAAGCCGGAGAUAAGAGAACUGUAGUCAUUGUAGAAAUGGCCUUGAUCUUUCCCGAAGAUCCCAAUUUGGCGGAUGUCGUGAUCCCAUUGGAGGACAAGGAUGGCUCCACACUCGAGAAGAACCAGAUCAAGUUUGCCGUCAAGGAGAAAUCCGUGUAUGACAUCAAGAUCAAAUUCCGCGUGCAACACGAAAUCAUCACCGGGUUGCGCUAUUUGCACUCGGUGAAACGUGCCGGGAUUCCUGUCGAGAAGGCAGAUGAGCCCAUGGGCUCGUAUGUGCCCAACACGUUGGAAAAGCCUUACUAUGAGAAGUCCUUGGGUGCCACGGAGGCUCCCAGCGGGAUCAUCUCUCGCGGUCUGUACUCUGCCACAACCAAGUUCAUGGAUGACGACAAGACCGUGCACUUGGAGUUCCCAUGGUCGCUCCAGAUCACUAAGUAG